AAAAACGUCGAGGUCCUGCUCUGCAAUCUUCUUUGAUAGAACCCGAACCAUUAAACUGCCGAGUCCCAAACGCUUUUGGGAUGGCAUAACUUGCAGUAGACCCAAUGAACCCAACGGCAAUCUAUGUGAGCCCCCUUGUGGCCGAAGCGGUGCGGUUGACCACCGAGGAUGGCGCACUAAAAGUGUUUGCCGACGCCAAAAAAAUUAAGACUGAACCAGAUGAAGAAAAUACAAUCCCAAGAUGCCAGGAGGAUCAGUUUAAGGAACAAUUUCGCAUGGAGCGAAGCAGCUUUGAGAUACUUUUACGCGUUGUGGGCAAAGCAAUUGCAGGAGCAGAGCAUCUGCAGCCCAUUGGACAGAUGUGUCUGCCAGAGAAGCUAUUGUAUACGUUAACACUUCUCAGUGGCAACAGGUCGUUCCGCGAAGUUGGUGAGACUUUUGCCAUAUCAAAGAGUUCCGGCCAUGAGAUCUUUAAGUGGGUAACUGCUGCCUUUGCUGCCCUUCUGCCACGUUAUGUAAAGUGGCCAGAUAAGGAUGUUGCCUGUACAACUGAGCGCAUUGACAUUCUGCCAGACGUCGUCGGUGUCAUAGAUGAGUGCCGCAUUCCGCUAAAGCUGUUGGUAAAAGAGGAAGAGGGUCAGCGUCACAUUGUGGCAUUGGCACUGCAGGCUGUAUGUGAUGAGCACAGUCGAUUUCUAGACAUCCAUAUUGAUGUGCCAGACCUGCAGUGUAUUUUGCUAAAGAGUGAACUCUUCGAGCGACUAAUUGACACUGUAGAACCGCUGAUGCCGCCACACAAGCAUCUCGUAGGCGAAACGAUGUAUCCACUGUUGCUCAAUCUGAUGACACCGUUCACGGAGAAAAAUCGAAAGUUGGGUCCUUGUCAUAUGCGCUUUAAUCAGGCUAUUCGUUCGUGGAAUGCGCCUGCGGAAAGAGCGUUUGCUGCUUUAAUUUCGCGCUUUAGACGUUUGGAAUCGCUCGAGAUCGCUACGCUGGAGCUUGCCACAACUGUUGUUUCGGCCACCUGCAUGCUGCACAAUUUUAUUUUAGAGUGCGGCGAGCCAAUUGAUGGUGUAUUGGACUUUGAUACAGUGCCGGAGAGACCUAAAAGCGUGGUGUUUGGAGCGCAUGGACUGGUCAAUUGGGAUUUUACUGCAGCAGCUGAAAGGAAACGAGAUAAUCUUGUCGCAGGUUUUAUGCAUGCUUAGUGUAUUAUGUAAAUAAAUGCCAUAAUUUAAA